AUGAUUCCCUCUUCGUUCGUAUUGUUUUGCCUGGGCCUGGCAGCUCAAGCUUCAGCAGCAUGUACUCGAGAAAUGCUGCAGGACGCUGCGGCAGCAUAUAUCAAAGCACAAGGUGCAGGGCUACCAACUAGUCCUAUGCCAGCCGUGGCCAACAACAUCAGCUACGCAGAGAACGACAAAAUCAUGGACAUCAAGACCGGCGUUCUAAACCAAGCCAUCACCAUCGACUUCAACCGCAGCCUCUACGACACCACUCAAUGCGCAACCUUCACCGAGCUCGUCUCAGCCUCAAACAAACCUCCCUACGUAAUCCACACCCGAAUGCUCUUCACCGCCGACCAAAUCACCACCAUCCAAUCCGUCGUCACGACCGACGGCGACUGGGCCUUCAACGCCACGGGCCAACUCUACUGGAACAAACAAGAGACCUGGUCCACGAUCCCCGAAUCCAAGCGCGACACCCGCGCCGUGAUCCAAGCCGCCGGAGACGCGUACCUCGACUCCUGGGGCGACGGAACCGUCAAGGUCCCCUACGGCACUCCUUGUGCGCGUCUGGAAGGCGGCUCGUAUACAGCGGGCAAGGGGUCAACGGCCAAUACGUGCAAGAUGCCGCAGUUCCCGCAGCCGUUUAAGAUUACGAAUCGCAGGUAUGUGGUUGAUGAGGAGGUGGGGGGCGUGGAUAUCUUUAACGAUUUUCCGUUUAUUGAUAAGGUGAAGCCGAAUGGGACGUCGAGUACGAAUGUUGUGAGGGUGGAGGGGGGGAUGAUUAGGUAUAUUCAUGAGGUUACUAAGUGCUCGACGAAGAAUUGUGGGAGGUGAUUAUCAGAUUACUAUGUGGGGAAUGAAAUCUUACAGGAAGGGAUCUUUGCAGAUCGAGGAUCUUUUACUUUAAGUUCGUUGUGAAACUGUGAAGCUCUGGUAGGGUCUUAUGCAUGUUUACACGUCCAAAAUCACAAAACUUGUUGUUGGGAACUUCUGGUCGUAUAGGUAGUUCGGCAGAGACUUGAGGUGAAGAUUUCGCUUAUAGGGGCUCGCCAACAU